CCCGUGUACGCUUGCCUGAAACCCCCCAGCACAUGCAGGCACACACUGUGGGCUCCCUCGCCGGCAGCGCAGCACUACCUCCGCCGGGAUGCAAUCACUAGCUGGCCUCAGGGCUGAUCUUCAUGGCGGCUGCAGAGGAGGAGGAUCUACUGACAAAGUGAGGAGUUAAUGAUGUCCGGGUGUCAGACUCUGCAGAGCAGAUGGAGCUGGAAGAAGUCCUGACGUCUGGACCAGAUGAAGAAGAAAAGAAAAGACAGCAGAGAAUACAUCACUCAGGAAAAUUAUACGAAAGAGACAGAGUCUGUCAGGAAUUUACUGCACUCGGAAUAGAAAAAUUUUCUGCCGUAGCGGUCAUCAUGAACAGCAGGAAGUAUUCCAAUGCUACUUUUGAAGAAAUAGGUCACCUUGUGAAAGCCAUAGUCUCACUGGCGGUAACAUGCUGUGCCAAAGAUGCCACUGCUGACUGUUAUGACAAAGGGGCCUCUGCCUUGUCAGUUAAGUCCUGUGAUCCAAAGUCUCCAUUCCCUAAACACUCUGGUAUAGCAAGCUGUUGUGUCCACAAGGGAUUGGAAAGAAAAUUGUGUCUUGCUGCCUUAAAUCAAGCUCCAAAAGAAUUUCCAACCUAUGUGGAACAAUCUAAUGAAGAAGUAUGUAAAGCCUUUAGGACUGAUGCACAAACUUUUUCCACAAAAUUUUUAUAUGAAUAUUCUAGUAAUUAUGCACAAACUCCACUUCCUGUUAUCAUUAAUUCCACAGUAAGCUACUUGAGCAUGGUAAAGGAUUGUUGCACAUCUGACAAGUCUACAUCAUGUUUUCUAAGAAAGAGACUCGAAAGGCAGCCGCUUCAUUUACUUACAGUAAUGUCAAACAGGCUAUGUUCUCGAUUUGCCACUUAUGGGGAGGAUAAAUUAAAAUUCAGUGCUGCCAUAAUGUUCAGUCAAAAAGUUCCUUCUGCUGAUCCUAAGGAUGUGAUGACAAUUGCAGAACAAGGAACCCAAGUGCUUUCCAACAGCUGUGGAUUCCAUACAGAGAAGAACAUUGAAAAUGAGUUAUCUGAACAUGUUAGGCAAGUGUGUCUCAAAUUUCCUAGAGAUGGGAGAGUUUCCGCCUGUUGCAAGAAAUCUUCAAUAGAUGCCCUUCUGUGCUUACAUUCCAUGCCUGCUGCUGAACCCAUUAAGCUUCCCAAACUUCAGCUGCCAAGCAGUGCAAAACUAUGCAAGAAAGGCAAAAAUCAGGAGCUCGAGAAGUACAUGUGCGAGUUAGCAAGGAGAAAUACUAAGCUGCCAGAAGUGUUUAUUGAUAAGCUGUAUGAGUCUAUGGCGGACAUUGUAGAGAAUUGCUGCAGCACAGAAAAUGCUAAUUCUUGCCUGGAUAAGAAGAAAGUGCAGCUGAGUGAAGAAAUUAAAAUGUACAUAAGUGAGGGUACUGAGCUGUGUGGAGACUACAAUAAAUAUCCCUUCUCUGAAUUCAAGGAGAGGUUGGUUAAGGCACUAAGCAGCAAGACUCCGAAACUAACCCCAAAGAAGGUGGAAGAAUUAGCAGAAGAGAGAGCAAAUCUUGCAUCAACAUGCUGUAUAAUUAAUGCACCCCCAGUGUACUGCAAGGAGAAGGUGAGCAAUGCCCAGAUUACUAGACUAAAAGACUAACAAAUGCAAUAAAAAAGAACAGUUUUAUAACAGAAGUACUGGAACUACAUGCCAAUUCUGUAUAGAAAAGAGUAGGGCAGUAUGUAUCAUC